AUAAUUCUUCAAAACUCUAAACCCUCUGAAAAACCCUAAGGUCCCGCCGGAAACCCAAAAAAAAAAAAAAAAAAGCAAUCAAACAAAGAGCUUUUUACUAAAACCCUAACGAGAAAAACUUUUCCUUCACUUUCUCGGGCAUUUUCUCAGCUACCAAAAGCAUUUUAGGCAGCUCAAUCUAUAUCAAAAUGAAGAAGAAAGUGUCGGCAGCUCCAAGAGGAGGAGGAGGAGGAGGAAGAGGAAGAGGAGGAGGUAGAGGAAGAGGAGGGGCAAGAAAGGACGAGAAGUUUUCGGAGGAUUCGUUUUUCAUGGCGGAAUCGAAGAAGCGGCGGAAGAUUUCGGACGAUGCGGACGUGAUAGACAGCGGCGAGUCGGACGAUGAGAGGGGUUAUGGAUUCCGCGGCGGUUCCGAUGGGGAAGAUGACGGCGGCGAAGUUGAGACCGCCGACGAGGUGAGGCAGCGCGUGGCUAUGGCACAGUUGGAUAAGUAUCGUAGAAUUGCUAAGGAAGAAGAGGACGAAGACGAUGAGGACGACAGCGAUGAAGGGAUUGAUAGGGUAGGCGAGAAGGAAGGCCUCAGGGACUCGCUUGUGGCGAAAAUUUUGCAGCAGGAGCAGCUGGAAGAGAGUGGCCGUGUUCGCCGAGCUAUGGCCUCUAGGGUACAAAAGCCGGAAGCUACUGGUGGGUUCAAAGUGUUAUUGAAGCACAAACAAUCUGUGACUGCUGUGGCAUUGUCAGAGGAUGACUCGAGGGGCUUUUCAGCUUCCAAGGAUGGCAACAUUUUGCAUUGGGAUGUAGAAAGUGGGAAACGCGAAAAAUACCAAUGGCCUAGUGAUGAUGUAAUAAGGUCCCAUGGAGCCAAGGAUCCACAAGGUUCAGCUAAGAAGCAUAGUAGAAAUGUUUUAGCACUAGCUGUUAGCUCUGACGGUCGGUAUUUGGCUACUGGAGGAUUAGAUCGCCAUGUUCAUUUGUGGGAUACCCGUACACGAGACCAUAUUCAGGCCUUUCCAGGUCACAGAGGAUCUGUAUCAUGUUUAACCUUUAGGCAAGGGACUUCAGAACUUUUCUCUGGUUCAUUUGAUCGAACAGUCAAGAUAUGGAAUGCAGAAGACAGAGCCUACAUGAAUACAUUAUUUGGCCACCAGAGUGAAGUAUUAUCUAUUGAUUGUUUACGGAAGGAAAGGGUGUUGACUGUUGGACGAGAUCGAAGCAUGCAGUUGUUUAAGGUCCCUGAGGAGUCACGUUUAGUAUUUCGUGCCCCUGCAUCUUCUCUGGAGUGUUGUUGUUUUGUUAGUAAUGAUGAAUUCUUAUCUGGCUCCGAUGAUGGAAGUAUUGAGCUUUGGACCAUGUUGCGAAAGAAGCCUGCACACAUUGUAAAGAAUGCUCAUCCUUUGUUGGCUGCAAACACGAAUCUCGAGCAAAAAAAUAGUGAAAUAAUCCCUAAUGGACAUAAAGAAAAUGGUAACCAUAGUUAUGAAAGCUAUCAUUGUCAAUCAGCAAAUUCCUGGGUCAGUUCUGUCACUGUAUGUAGAAACAGUGAUCUUGCUGCAUCAGGAGCCGGUAAUGGUUCUGUUCGAUUAUGGGAUAUUGAAAGUGAGACCAAGGACAUUCGACCAUUGUUUGACCUUCCAUUGGUUGGGUUUGUGAAUUCCUUAGCUUUUGCAAAAUCUGGACAGUUUCUGGUUGCUGGAGUUGGGCAGGAACCUCGUUUGGGAAGGUGGGGACGUAUCAAAUCUGCACAGAAUGGAAUUGCGGUUCAUUCCCUUAAGCUCUCAUAAGAUGGGCAAAUGAUUUUUGUAGCUCUCCAAUUUUGACUAAUCUGAGUUUUUAAGUAAAAUGAAAAAAACAUUUCUCGGCCUGGUCCAAAUGAUAUAUAUUUAAUUACCCUUCAUUUUAACACUUAGUGGCUUUGUAUCCUGUCUUGUAAGUUUAUUAUUCUUGUUUUGUUUCUCUUUCAUCUGAGGGGAAAUAGGAAAUCAUGUUUUUAAUGUGAAAUGCACUUAUUCAUCUUAUGGUAAGAGAAAGUGCUUGGAAGAAACUUCAAUUAGCACUUGGGAUGGGAUAGCUUUGUGA